UAAUCAAAUAUGCUAUUUGAAUGUAAAUAAAAAGUACACAAGCACAUGUUUUGCAAGUAAAUUUCUACUAGAAAAAUAAAUAAAAAUAUAAAUGAAUUCCUAUACUACAUCAAUAGAACAACAGAAUAAACAAAAUUUGAAGACGAUCCAAGAGAACGAGGCAAAGAAGUUGUUACAAGAUAUAAAAGUUUUAGCGGCGACUAUUGAAUGGAGUAGGCAAGAACGGGGCUUUAUUGAUGAAAGCCUCGAGUCGCCUCAGGUGAGGCUGAAGUUUUCAAAAUCUUCAAAUCUCAACGAUGAAAUCAAGGAUCUCAAGGCUGAGAAUCACACCAUCCAAGUGCACGUCAAGCCAUUGGCUCAGAUGUUCCUUGACAAGAACAUGUCGAUUUUUGACAAUAGAAAACUCAUCAAAGAUAUAAGCAACCUUUUUGUUCUUCCUAAUUUGAAAGAUGAGGAGUACAAAGACUUUCAUACUUUGAAGAGACUGCUUGAGGCUACUUACAAAAGCAUUAUUAAGGCAACACUUGACCGUAUCGAGCUUGAAAAUAAGACAAAAGCUAUUGAAAACAGAGGGAAAGAAUUGGGUGAAAAAUAUGAAUUUCUAUACGUCUCUUGCAUAAUGACGGAAGACUUCAAGCAACAAGAUAGCCUUAUGGCGAGUAUAAAAAGUUUGGAGAUAGAGAAUGAUUAUUUCCAGAGCGAAAUUAACAGAUUAAUCGAACAAGUUGAAGGACUCCAACAAAGUUAUUCUCACUUGGACACAUUGACACUUGCAAAUAUAAACAAAAUUUGUUCGGAAACUUUUGGAAAAAGACUAGGACUUCUCCGCCUUCUCUAUCAGGAGGACAAGUCUGAACUUACUAACGAAGAUCUUCUUUCACGCAAGUUUGCCUCUGACAAAAGGAAAGUAGAAAAGAUUAAAGAAGAAUGUGACAAUGGGAUAAACAGAAAGAAGCAAGAAUUGAAAGAGUUAACAGCAACAUGGGACAAAUUGCAGAUUUUGAAAAAAAAAUCUCCCAAAGUGCAUAGGUAAAAAAUGUGCAUUUUUGUAUAUAAAUAAUAUCAAAUAUAAAUACAGAUUUUAAACAAAA